AUGGCAAAAUCCGGACUCGUCUGGUCAUUGUUAUGGCUUGCACUACAACUCACAUUUGGCUCUAAAAGCGUCUUUGACUGGAUGAAAUGGGACCGCUUCGAUGAGCUGAACCAAAAAUUAACAAUGUUGCAGGACAACCCUGACAAGUGUAACUCUCUGACCAAGGCUGAACAGUACAUGUCGGAAGACACCGUGUCACAAGUACCAAGGUACAACACUCUGAGAUCAGAGGCUUGGUACCAGAACCGCUCCAGUCUGAUUCAUCUACAUAACAUGGCGUUGAACAGAGCAUUUUUCUACAGUUACAUUUUCCAGAAAUUCAACACGUCCGUGUUUGAUUUUACUUUUAACCCAGAUUGGUAUUACUAUUACAUGUCAGCCACUGCCGAUAUCCAUGCUAGUGACAACUUUAUAAACGGAAGCGCCGUUUUCUUCGAUUUUAACUGCAGCUACCCUAAUUGGUUCACCACCUUGGGGUUCAACGAAACUUUGCCGUUCUUCGGUCCUCAAGCCUAUAAGGUUGACGAUUACCGGGACCCUGGUAACUGGUUAAGGGAGCCAACACUGACUACAGCGACUGUCAGAGACUUCGGGGCAAUGGGCCCCAUGAGUAACUACUCUCAUCCCAGAUAUAAAAUGAACCCAUGGUAUGACCUAUGGUUGCCGGAUACGUCCGGCAAUGAAGAUUCUCUGAACAAAUUUACCUACAGUGUCGGCAUCAAGUACUCAAGUGCCACGGGUCAUUUCACUCACGAGGAAUUUCAGGCCUCUGUUUUCUUCGGACCCGCCUCGCCUGGACAGUUUGACAGAGACAAGGCUCUUCCCGUCCUCUUCACCCGUCCUUACUUUGACUGUGGCCACUCAAAUAAAUGGGUGGUCAGCGCCACAUCACCGGUGGUGGAUUUUAUGCCCAGAUAUUCCAAUUUCACCCAUCUGAGACGGCCCAGGUUUGUAGCUGUGGUAGUGAUGAGUAUUGACUUUGAGAGGAUUGACUUCAAUGCCUGUCCUGUUAGUGUGGGUAACCCUGGACCCAGCUACCUGUCCGGCACGGCCAGGUGUCAUCCACUUGAACACAUGUGCAAACACACAUCUGGCAGAGGCUUCAGGCGAGGAGGGUACAAAUGUCAGUGCCGGAGGGGUUAUAGAUACCCUAUGGGGAUCCAGGGCCCUUAUCCUGGGGACCUUGUGGAGCAAGCCACGGCGGAGGAAUUCGAGGCGGGAUUCGGCUGUGUGCCGAUUGACUGGCGAUUGGUUUUACCCGACAUCGAAAACAAUCAAUUCAACCCGAUUAUGAUUAGCCGAACUAAACGAGGGGUUGUUGGUGAGGCCCCCUGUCAAAAUUGUACAGAGCAACCUGAGGGAGGGAAAACUGCUGAGUUAACAGAAGCCCAGUGGUCAGAUGUUAAUGGAAAGACUCUUGGCCGAGAAAAGCGAUCCUUGUUUUACAGCCAGAAAGCACAAGAAAAAAUGGAUAAACUAUUUGAGUACAGAUCAUCCAUAACCGCGGCAAACUGUAAAAGUCGCACUGAAAGUGAACUGUAUCUUCACGGCGACGUCAGCUACGGGGUGGACAAACAGUUCGAGGCGGAGGCCCGCACUGCUCUUAGGCUCUCUCACUUCCUGUCUAACUACCUGCAAAACGUUAUCCCGGGAGAAAGUUACGCAGACUUCCGGCCAGCACAGGUACUCCACAAGGAUCAGCUUUUUGGGGAAGUCAUAUCAAAUGUCAUGGCCAACCACAAAAUUAGAUCAAGUGGAAUAUUUUACGAUGUGCACGCUUUUCCAAAUUUCAACUCUACCACAACCCGCGAAUUUUUCGGGCCUUACGCAUGGCGUACAAAGGAAAAUGAGUUUUACGCUCACGACACAGCCGGGCUGAAGACGCUAUACAUCAACGAAGAGUGGUUUCAGGAAAUGAAACAACGCUGGAGAACAAACAUGGAUGGAAUGAAGAAAUACAAAAUGAAACCUUUUGUCAGGUACGAUUACUCCGUCCCCAGGAAUUACAGGUUUGAGUUUUACCCCAUAAAGUACAGAGCACCCUCGCUCAAACAUGGCAGAUGGACACGGCCCAGGUUUAAAUGCGACGGCCAGAUAGACGACUGGGUGAUGACAUUCGUGGUACCAUUUUUCGGGAAAGAUCAGCUGAGACGAAAUUUACAAUUCAAGGGUGUAGUGACAGUUGAUGUAUUGUUGUCGGGAUUGGACAUCAACCAAUGUCCUCAGCCUUACCACGUGGCCAAUGCUUUCAAGAACACAGCUCGCUGUCCUUAUCCGUCCACCACUUGUUCCCCAUUGUCCCGUUACGGGUUUAACAAGGGCGGCUACAAGUGUGCUUGUAGUCAAGGUUACGAGUACGCCCACUUGGAUGGCCGGGGGUGGAUAGAAGGCACACUUCUGGAGAGGGAGUUCCAGAAGAAACAGAGUGGACUCUUUCACAGAUGCGAGCGGACGUUGACCCAAUCUGCAUACCUCUGGGGUAAAAUCACUAUUACAUUACUGUAA